GACCAGUACAAGGCUGAGAGAUACCAGGUUUGCUGUUGUUGUUGUAGCAGCAUACGCAUUCCCAUAUUUACAUACGGGGAAUGCUGCUGGAGUGACAGUCCUUGACCGGAUUUAAAUCCGGCUCGUUUCGGUAACGUAGAACCGACUGUCGUGGAAACGAACAGGUUUGCUCGUUAGGUAUGGUGAAAAAAAUAUUUUUUUGAAGGGAACAAAAUUCAGCUUUAGCUUUGUGAAACACAAAACGAAUGACGUCGGCAUAUCUGUCAAAUUCGCUCAGAGCCGAAUAACGAUCCGCUAGGUAAUCUUUUCACCAUGGGUCCAGUAUGCAAGCAUUCCAUUUCCACUUUUCGCUGCUGAAAACUGCAUACUUACCGGCGCUAAAAUGAUAAGCUCAGCUCGCUCAAAUACUUCAUAAUUUUUUAAACGAUACCACUGUACUCCAACCGCUGCAUGGUUCCAGCACACAUAGCCAACACAAUUGGUCCACGAUGCCGGCAACUCGUGCAACCUUUGAUACCUACACUAUACUGCCUGUUGGGUAGAUAGAUACACGCAACCACCUCCAAACUUGUACUGUAGGCAGCCGCCAACGAACUUUCGUGUUGCCUGCUCCUGCAUAUUUGUAGUAAGCUUGUAAUUGGAGCUACUCCAAGUAUGUGCGCAAACACUCUCCUUCUCUCUUUUGCUGCUGCUGCUGCUGCUUGCUUGCUUGCAGUUACUGGCUUUGGUGCUCUUUAGCUUUCGUGCGCUCUUUUUAGGCACGACUACUCCUGGGCUUGUGAGUUGAUGAAAAACAAAAACAAAAAAAUGUUUCAUGCUUAGUGCAUUUGUCAGCUGCUUGACGAUUUUUUUUGUUUUGUUUUCGGCUUUGAUUUCGGAAUCCCACCACUUCAAGCUGGGAUACCUACACCAGGCACGAACGGCAGAAUUCAGUUUCAGUUCAACGGUGUGCACUCGCACAAUUCGGUACGAAUUGCGGUUUAUGCCGCAAAAAUUUAACGAAAAUUCAAAAAACAAAAAGUUUAUAAAUACUCACACAAUAUACAUACACAUGUACGUAUGUACUCUGACUGACUGAUUGACUGACUGACUGACUCACAAAAGUGUUGGCCGAAAAAUGAGAAGUGAUGUGUUGGUGUGAUGUUGAGCUUUUUAUGAGUGUGUAGUGACAAACGGGGGGAAAACGCGUAGAAAAAAUAGAAAAAACAAAUUUACAAAUGUACAACAACGAUUGGGCUGCGUAUCUACAAUGGGAAAAUGCUGCUUUGAAAAAUCAAUGGAAAUGAAAUUUCGUUUAUUAAAUUUUGAAUGCCGCAAAGGAAACGGAAAUUGAAGUGAAGUUUGAAAAAGUGAAGUAUAACAAAAGUAAAAAAAAACCAAAAAUUACGAAAGGCGAAUUGCUUUAUAAGUACGUUUCAUUGCGAAGAAAAAAAUAUAUAGAAAAAGGACAUUUUGUGAAGCUAAAAGUAAAAAUCAGCAAUAAAAAUGAAUCCGCUUCAGUUUACGGGCGUACGCAAUAUAGGAACCAGCGGUUUUCAGCCGUACGCCAUACAUUGUCGUUGUUGUUGCAAUGCAUCGAUCAUUGAAGCCGCACGCACAAGCUAAAAAGGUACCACCACCUGCGCUACCUGGAGAUCCGGCACCACAACAACAGCAAAUACCAUUAUACCGUUUAGGUGGCAGCAUUUCGAGCGCAGCUGGUAAGCAGCUAGAUGAUGGCAUCAUAAUGAGUAGCAUGGUAUCGUCGCCAUCAUUGGAGGAGGGCGGUUUUAAUUUGCCACGUGAGCCAUCGGUAGCACUGCGCAUGAAAGAUGAAAUAAGUGAAUACGCCACAGCUAUGUCAACGUCAGGCACAUCACAAUCAUCGGGAUCCUCUGCUGUUGCAGCUGGUAAACAACAAACGGCAGUUCAAGCAGCUGCUGCUGGCGCAUCACUUUUGUCCACCGCAACUAAUCCGCUGCUCAGCGGUUGUCCACCCACAAUAGUGCCAUGCCCUCCGCCCGUGUUCUGCGCCACACUACGCGAACCACUCACACAUAAAGCAGCAGUCUACUAUCAUCAACAGUUGGCGUUGCAAGAGGAUCAGGGCAUCGAUCUGACACAAUCGCCAGGUCGCGAUUCGCCCGGUUCGUCGUCGGGUUCAGCUGGUUCUGGUUCGCGACACUCCACCGCUAGCUUGGAUUCGGGUCGUGCCUCAUCGUAUUUGACUGGCGUGUCUGGUGCAUCGAUACGUGGUAGUGCGGGCGGUGCACUCUCAUCACCGCGUUGCAGUUCGGUGAGUUCGUGUUCCAUCGGCAGUGUGGAUCGUCAACGUAACGAUGAACUCAUCAUCGAUUGGCUGAUGGAAAUGAAGUAUGAGGAAUAUGCACAAUUGUUUAUAGCGGCCGGUUACGAUUUACCGACCAUUGCACGAAUGACCCCCGAAGAUUUGACGGCGAUUGGCAUAAAAAAUCCACAUCAUCGUGAGCGUAUAAAACAGCGUAUCGAUAAGUUGCAAGUAUUGGAUAACUUGCCACACUUUGUGCCGGGUUCCAUUGAAGAAUGGCUACAGCUGUUACGCCUCGAAGAAUACAUCCAACCGUUGCUCGAUCAAAACUAUAAAACUGUACGCGAUGUCACUCAAGUCACUUGGGAAGACUUGGAGGACAUUGGUAUUGUUAAGCUGGGACAUCAGAAGAAGAUUCUAUUGGCCAUUAAGCGUGUAAAAGAUAUCAUAAGUGGAAAGUGGAAUCCAGGCGGCACCAAUGCUUACCAACAACAGGAUUAUCGCAAUAAGGUUUGGCCCACUGCCGUGCCACUACCCACUACACCAACAUAUUUGCCAACCACGCGCGUUUCGUGGGACGAUUCUAAAAUUUAUGCUUCGCCCGGCGUUGAUGCCGUCUACUUUUGCACCGGCAACCAUCACGAGUGCUGCAAUGGCAACGAUGUGGUGCCCAUUAAGGUGCGCCAGCCACGCGGCAAAAGCUUAGAAUCACUCGAGGAUAUUCACGACAAUAGCACACGCAGCCAUUUGACCUUUAGCCAUUAUACAGCCACUGAUUAUGGCCACUUUGCGCAUCCAACGCCUGCAAUGCAACAGCAACAUCAUCAACAAGCCUUGCAACACCAACAGCAACAACAUCAGCAGGCCAUGCAACAUCAUCAGGCCGCAUUAAUGGGCGGCGCUGUUGUGGGCGGUCCAGGUGGUGCUGGCGGUGCACGCUUGCUUAGCAAUCCAGCCGCUAUGUCUUGGCGCCGCUCUUACGACGAUGGUGAUAUCACUCCCACCAACGAUGCCACACGCGAACUUAUGUACGAGGAGGGUGGCGGCACAUUGCCCCGUCAGCAGCGCGGCAUUUUACAGCGGGCCGUGUUGAAUAGCAUGCCGCCUUUGGAGCAUCACUACAUGAAUGCAGCUGCUGCAGCAGAAUAUGUAUGUCAUGCAGCUGGUUUGGGCGUUGGCGGAGGCGUGCCAGGUGCGGGCGCACAUGUCGGUAGUGCCGGCGCCGCUGUCGGCGCAUCCGGUUGUGUUUUGGACGGUGCCGGUCUGAACGCAUCCUACUUGACCGGCAGUCCAAUGAGUAAUAAGAAAAUCGCACCAGAACCACCGCGACGCCAUUGCAGUAUACGAAAUUCACGUACGUUGAGUGCGGAUAGCGCGCAACAGCAGCAACAAUUGCAACAACAACAACAGCAGAUUGCCUUGCAUGCCGGUGCCGCAGUAACGCCUGGCCUCUACUAUGGCGGGGCUGGUGGCAUGCACCAUGGCGGCAUGUACAUGACGCAUGCGCAGCAACAGGCAGCAGCGGCGGCCGCAGCAGCAGCAGCCAAUCAACCGAUCUACGCGAAUUACGCAACCAUACAGCAGACCACGGCGGAAAUACACUGCGAAAAAUUCCAUGACAAUAAGUCAAAUUCCAGCAUCGAUUCCAUCGACACCAUACCAUUUGCCAACGAAAACACAGGCACCAUCAAGCAACGCUUACUCAAUCGCCAAGAUAUUGGUGGUCAGCAGCAGCCCUUGCAAUCGAGCACCAGCUCGCAUCUGCAUUCCUCCUCGUCGUCGUCCUCUUCAUCGUCGACCAACACCAUUGCCAACAUAGCGCACUCAUUCCACUCGCUUAAAACAUCUGCCUCGCUGCACGACGCAUCGCUGAUACGCAGCGACAGCAUCGGCAGCAACACGAGCGGUGGCAGCGCCGGUGCCAGUACCGGUGGUAGCGGCAGUGGCUUACUGCUCUUGCGCUCACCCACAUUACAAUAUCCACCGACUGAUGCAACGAAUGCCGUUAGCGGCGGCGGCGGCUCCUCAACGACUAUCACCACCACAGCGGAUUUGCAUACGCCCAGUGGCGCUGAAGGUGCUGGGGAAGCAGCAUGUGAAGGCGGCGUUCCAACAGCUGGCAGUGAAGACGUCGAUGCGUCAGGUGCAUCUGCUGGUGCGAAUUCAGCUACGAUUCCGACGCCUGGCCAAAAGGUGUCUGUGAAUGUGCUCAACGACAUUGGCAACAUGUUGGCCAAUUUAACAGACGAACUAGACGCCAUGCUGGAGGAGGAGAAACGUAUUGGCCUGAAUAUCGAUAGUGAAUAAACAUAAGUGGGGUAUCAUUCAUAGGGUAAUGCACAGGUACAUACAUGCAUACACUUGGAUAAAUUGUUCUUGCGUGUUGAAGUGAGAAAUGGGAUUUAAAUGUUAGUAUGUGGGUACAUAAAUUGUUAGUGGGACGUAAACGCUCGUUUGGGCUUCAAUUCAAAGUGGAUGCCGGUAAUUUUUUGACGUUUAAUUGAUUACUUCCAUUAAAUUUUCCUGCUUGUUGUUGUUGUAGCAGCAUAAAUAUUCCCCAUACAUGCAUUUUAAUUUUUUCAACCAUAAAAAGUUGCUAACAAGCUCGGAUAAGAGUUUCGUAGUAAAUAUUUUUUUUUUCUACCUUUUACGAUCAGAAUAGGGUAUGUUGUAACUUCGGAUAAGAAUUGAUUAUCCUUGAAUAAAGCUUUUUAUGCGUUUCCGUUUUUUCAUGCAUUUAUUGUUAAAACUUUCAUAAUUUCUAGACAGAAAACAAUAUUAGAUUACAGCUGUAUUUUUUUUUUUGUUAUUAAGUGGUUGACUUUUUCUUUAUAUACUGCUAUAGCAAAUGUUCCGUUGUUUCUAUUUUAAAAAUUUUAAAGUUUUUUUACAAAUAUAACGUAGUCGGAAUAUUGCGGAUAAUAUCGGAUAAGCACAAAGUGACUCCCUCAGUUGUAUAUCGCAUGGAUUUUAAUUUUUUCAACCAUAAAAAGUGGCUAAACAAGCUCGGAUAAGAGUUUCGUAGUAAAUAUAAUUUUUUCUGAUAACAGUUUAUACAGUUUGCCACUUUCCGGAUAAGCCUUUUAAAGCAAGAGCAUACAUUUGCAUGCUCACAAGCUAUUUUUCCUAGGGCUCGUAAUGGUGUCAACAUGAUUUUAGUGAUAAAUGUUCUUCCGUUCCCACACAAAACACAAUUUUCCUCAUAUUAUUUUCGGUACUCUGAUAAACCCAUGCAUAUCUCCGCUUAUUAUCUUUAUUGGUGCGUGAAUAGCCAUCAGAGCGUCAUCUCGAAUUGCGAAUUUGUAACAAAGCAGGCCAUAAACACUUCUUUCGAAAUGUUCAAUCCCAACGGGUUAAUUUUGUACUACAGAAAUUUUCCAUAGAAAAUUAUAUGAACCAAAGGAAAUUUUUUUCGAAAUAAAAUUCUACAUAGUAACCUUGAAAUGCAGUAACUAAAAAUGAGCAAUGUUUUUCUUUUUUUUUAUUCAUAGACGAAAUAUAAAACUCUCUAGUAUUAAAAAAGUACCCUCCAGGGGCUGAUUACAUUAAAAAGAUUGAUUAAAACUGAAAAACUGAGUAUGCAACUUUGCUAUGUAAAAUUUACAGAUUAACGAGUAUAUGAAAUUUUUCCUGGGUAACAUAAAAAAAAUAGAUUUUCGUCGCACGGCGGAAUGUGCGCUUAGAAUUGAAGCCCAUGCGCGCAUGCGUAGCUUGAUUGCGUUUAACACUUUUGUGUCGUAGUUGUCAGUUUUUUCAUGUUUUACAAAAAUACGUAGGUUUUAUGAUUUAUUUACAAAUUGAUUUUUAUAAAUUACGUUUACUGUAAAUACGCCCAGCAGAAGCGUAGAUAUCAUAUAAAUUCGUAUUUGUAAGUGUUUUAUUUCUUAUGUUUUCAAAGAAAUAUGUAGAAUAUGGUUUUUACACCAUUUUUAAAUGUUUAUUUUCUCGUAGUUCACGAACUAGAAAUUUUAAUGUUCAAAUUAUCGAGGUUUUGUGUACUUUUAUCGCUGUAUUUGUGUGAAAACUGCUGUUUUGGGGUAAGUGCUGGCCAAAGGCAAAAACGAACUAAUGUGAUUGCAAAUUGAUUUGGAAAAAAUUAAAUAUUCACUGAACAAACGCAAUUUUAAAGACUUAAAAGCGCUAAUAAAAAUUGUAUACAGUGAUAACCCAAAAAAACCCACUGUAAAUUUAAAUUAUCUUUGCAGUAUACUGUUAUUAUUCUGCUGCGGCACUCAUUGUAGCCGUGUGUGUUUGUGCCUGACAUGGCGCUGGGUUCGAUUUCUACUUCGGGCAUAGAACACAAAAUUUUAUUCCAAUAGGCAUUCAGCCAACGCCGGGCAAAAACAUAUCUCUGAGUUUUUGUUGUUUGUUGUAGUAGCAUAAACAUUCCCCAUUCAUGUGCGAGGAAUGCUGUUGAAGUGCCAGUCCUUGGCCGGAUAUAUGUAGAUCCGGGUUUUUCCGACUACGCAGCUCACGGUUUUUGUUUUUGUCUUAAAAGUAACCUACAUAUAUCGGCAAGCUUGGCCUAAAUCACUUUUAAUUGUAAAAGCGACAUACUAUUUACUAUUAUUGAGUUUGGUUACCGUUAUGAUGCUGAAAGCAAGUGAUACUGAAAGUAUAUUUUUGACCUCUUAGAUGUUUGCUUUUUUUUUUUUCAUUGAAAUUUCAAACACAUUGAAAUCACCAAAUUGCCCUGUUGCCAGGCCGUUCCUACCUAAUUGUGUAUUAUUGUAUUUUAAGUUAAUUUCGUUUUUGUUUUUUUUGUUCUUUUUUGGUGUUUUUUUUAACAAAUACAAACACAUUUUCAUUUAUAAUGCUAAACACAUUCCAAAAAACUUCUAAAUAUUCCAUUCACAAUACGUACAUAUAUCCGAACGUAACUCAGCAGCAAAUACCCCAAAACAGCAGUGUGCAAAAAAUUUCGGAAAAAAUCAUUGCAUUUCUUAAGGAAAAUUUGAAAAUUCCUGAAACUCGAAAAAUUCAUAACUCACUAUAUCAUUACUCUGUGACAUAUUUUCAUAAAUUAAAUCCAAAUUAAGUAAAUAACAAGCAACAACAACUAAAACAACAAGCAACAGCAUAUUUAGAAGUAAAAAUAAGAAAACUAAAAGUUGGAAAAGCUUUUAAAACAAAAUGAUGUAUACUUUUGUACUAUUUAAAUACACUAAAAGAAUAACAAUUAAAUAUAUACAUACAUAUUUAUAUUAAAUUAAAUUUAAAAUAAAAUAAAUAAGUGUUAACAUUAUAUAGUGGAAAUGUAGCGAAAGGUGCAUAGACUUGACUUAAGCAAAAAAAAACAAGAAAUUACAUACAUACAGAAAAUUUACUUAAAAUAUUAAAUACAGAGGUGUGCGAUGUUGGAAGAUUGAUAAAAAAUUGCUGCUACUAUUUUUUCUAUAUAGAAAGAAAGCACGAUUUUUGUAAACAAAAAAAAAAUAACAAAAUGUCACAGACAAACUACUAAAGAAAUUGAGAAGAAACAGUAAUAGCUUUCUCUUACUCAAUCGCCUGACCCACUCUCUCUCCCUCUCACAUAACCACACACUCAAGCCCAUAAACACACAUACACCAUACACAGAACUUCAAAAAAUCCGUAUCAGUGAAUUCCAUUGCGAUAAAUUAACUUUAAUUCUAAUAGCAUAAUCUACAGAUGUAAAACAAAAUCCAUUUGCAUACAACUUAACAACAAAAAAAUAUAUAAAAAUUAUUAAAGAAAAACAUAUAGUCGUAAAAUAGACUAAACAGCAAAACUAAAAAGCACAGCAACAAAUCGAGGAAAGAAAGAGAGAAGAAAAGCCUAAAUCAUAUAAAGUGCAGUGACUUGAAAAAUUCCAACAGCAACAACUAUCAAAUAAAUAAAAAAAAAUAUAAUAAAAAAUAAAUUAAAUAAAUAUAGGCGUUUAUAGGAUUAAACAACAAAAAAACUGAACAUAAGAACAAAAUGAAGCGAAAAAGAGCGUAAUACGCACGCAGCCGGCAUAUAUUAGCUUAAUUUACAAAAACAAAAAAAAAAUAUUUUUAAGUAAAUGAAAGCGGCGUUAAUGUUUAUGUGUUUAUUUCUUUAAAAUGUUUUUUUUAUAUCCUCUUUUUU